AGUCAAAACGCCCCCCUCCAGCCCCGACAUCAUCACAGCAAGAAGAAACAGGCCAAGAAAACAACAGCACAGGUGAAACUUCUGCCGUAACGACUCCCAAUUCUCAACCCUCCACCACCAAAACCACCGCUACCCCGGCCGCCGUCGUUGUUAUCCAGCCCCCUUCAGCAAUUCUUUCCUCGUCUUCCACCGCCGCAGAACGGAAAAUUCUAGAAAUAACAUUUUGAUCACCGCCGCACACAUGGGUGAACAAACCCAGGUACAGACCCAAACCCAAUCUCAAUCGCCGGCAUCGUCUCAACCUAAUUCUGAUGUAACAUCCGCAACACAGCCCACUCCUGUAGCCGACGUCUCCAUCAAUGCCGACGUUUCCCAGAAGCCCUCCAAUCCUUCCAAAAUACCUAUUCGACCUCAAAAAAUCCGAAAGCUGUCAUCUAACCCUACUUCCACCAUUGCCACCACCCCCGUUGUUCUCACCGCCGUUAACUCCUCCUCCAUGCCCACCUUGCAGACUUCCGAGGCCAAAGCCCUACAAAUUACUGAUUCUUCCUCCUCCCCUUCUGCCAUUCCUAUUCCGACCACUGCUUCCUCCUCCUCUACCACCACCACUACCAUCACCUCCACCUCCGCGUCGACCAGCACUGCUGUUACCUCCACCACAGUUUCCACACCCACGGCAUCUACGCCCAAGAAUCGGAGGCGUAGUGCUGUCCAAUCAGCUAGGGUUCUGCCCCAGAUCAUCAAACCCCUGUCGGCCGAGGGUGAAAUCAAUGCCGCUCUCCACCACCUCCGCGUUGUUGACCCUUUACUUGCUACCCUGAUCGAUACCCACCAGCCUCCGGCAUUUGAGUCUCACCACUCCCCAUUCCUUGCCCUCACCAAGAGCAUUCUCUAUCAGCAACUCGCCUACAAAGCAGGCACCUCAAUCUACAAUCGCUUUGUAGCGCUCUGCGGUGGCGAGACUGCAGUUCUUCCCGACAAUGUGCUGGGUCUAUCUGCUCAGGAGCUCAAGCAAGUCGGUGUCUCUGGUAGAAAAGCCAGCUAUUUAUAUGACCUCGCAAAUAAGUAUAAAUCUGGGAUUUUAUCGGAUGAAACUGUGGUCAAAAUGGAUGAUAAGUCAUUGUUUACCAUGCUAUCCAUGGUCAAGGGAAUUGGGUCAUGGUCAGUUCACAUGUUCAUGAUUUUUUCACUGCACAGGCCAGAUGUUUUGCCAGUGAGUGAUUUGGGAGUGAGGAAAGGAGUGCAGAUGUUGUAUGGAUUGGAGGAGUUACCUAGACCUUCACAAAUGGAGCAAUUAUGUGAGAAAUGGAGGCCAUAUAGGUCAGUUGGUGCUUGGUAUAUGUGGCGGUUUGUGGAAGGAAAGGGAUCACAGAAUGCUUCUGUUGCUCCUUCUGUAGAGGGUGCUAAUGUGCAGCCAUUGCAGCAAAUUGAGCCUCAGCAGGAUGCACAACAGCAACACCAAUUGCAGCUUCUGGAACCCAUCAACGGCAUGGGGAAUCUCGGGGCUUGCAUCUGGGGCCAAUGACGGGGAAGAAAGUGUUCUGUAUCAUUACAUUAGGAAUUACUAGUCUCUGUCUGAUCCAUGGAUGUAAAGAAUCCAGUGCAAGGGUUUGUUGAAUUCCGGAAGAACCUGUCGUAUAUAGCUCCAACAUUUUAUAUAACCUUGGGGGCUGUAUUUGUAGAGUAUAGUUGCGAACUUGUUGAACAAGUUGUGCUUUUAGGUAUUGAGGCUUUUAUUGAUAGUUAGGAAAGGAUAGCUUCCAUAAAAGACUGGUAUCACCCCUCAGCUCUUGAUGCAAUUGUUUAGCUACUGCGCGUACAUUUUAUCAACAUAUAAGCUUUUAUUUCAACACUUCGUAUUUACCCA